AUGUCGUCUCUCUUCAGAAUCGGGCAAGUUCUUAAGGGUAGAACGGGGAGAAACCAAGUGCAAGACACCGUGGUGAUCAAAAGCGUUCAAGGUCAUCCAAGAGUAGAAAAUGAACGAGAAGUCCUCAAACGGUUCCAGCAUCGCACUCACUGCCUUCGACCCUUGAUUGAUGAGAUCCAGGAGCCUUCUGCUCAUGUGACUAUUGCCCUGAGGUAUCUUGAAUGUGAUCUUUUGGAUGCAUCGAUCAAGAAAACUUUGAACCGAAAGGAGCUAAAGCACGUGUCUCGAUGCAUCCUAGAGGCAUUAAAGGUUCUCCACGAUGAUGGUUAUGUGCAUACAGAUGUCAAACCAGACAACAUUUUUGUCAACUUCCAAGAAGGCGGAUGCUACCCCGUUGAUUCGGACUGGGCCUUAUCCGGAACACUGGUCGGUGCGCCGAUGUGGUCAAGUCCAGAGGUCAUCUUAGAAAUGCCAUGGAAAACGGCAACCGAUAUAUGGUCAUUCGGUGCUGUGCUCAUAAGCUUGAUCUACGGCGGGAACUUCAAUCUUUUCCGACCUAAAGGCGUGGAUCGAGACCACGAGGAAUACUUGCUGGAAAUUUUGUAUUUGAUGCAAGAGAUUCCUCAAGAGAAGACUACGCCAUUUUCCCGGAUAACUGAAAGAGAAGUCAUCAAGAAGGAUAAGGACUUCAUUAUGAAGAUCAUGAUGCUCGACUGGAGGGAUCGACCUACCGCAAAGGAUCUGCUAGAGGAUGAGUGGUGGAAGGAUGACGAAGCAUAG